GGUUCCUGUUCCUCCCACAAAUGAAAUGACAGACAGAGAUUAAGAUGAAAGAACAGAGACGGAUUAUAUGCGGUGAUCGGUCGUGGUUGUAACCAUUCUCGGAUCUUCUCUAACGACUUCCAGUCAUCCUGGUUUUACAGAAGUGUAGACGCCAUGAAUGAAGUGAAUUAUCUUCAACAACACGCGCCUGAAAAUCUGCAUCUGGAGGUGAAACAGGAGAUUAAACAUCUUGGUGCCUGUCAGCUGCAGGAUCACGUUUCUAUCCAAACUGAUGACGAUGAGCAGGCGAUGGUGAUCAAAGAAGAGUAUCCAUGGAGUCCCAGUCAAGACCAACAAGACCUGGACAUCAAGGAGGAACCAGGAGAGCUUGAGGUUAUUCAGGAGGAGGAGCAGAUUCAUGACCUGAAGGAGGAGGAGGAGGAGGAAGAGGAAGAGGAUGAGGAAGAAGAAGAGGAGGAGGAUGAGGAGGAGGAAGAGAAAGAGGAUGUCAGCAGGCUGUCGGUCAUUCGUGUUGUUGUGAAGAGUGAGGAUGAUGAAGACCUACUUAAGUCUCAGACGGAGGCUUCAACCAGCAGCUCGGCUGGUCGGGCUAAAAGGCAGCGCGACGCAAAGAGAGCCAGGAACCCCCGUCCCGGCAGGAAUUCAAGGUCAAACACCGCUGGAAAGCAUUCAGGCUCUGCUGAGACUGAAGUCAGCGUCGAGGAUGAAAGCGAGUGGCAGGAGCCUCUGUCCGAAAACAGCCAGACCCCACAGGCGGGACAGCAGGCGGCGUUGGGGAAACUAUUCAGCUGCGACGUCUGCGGCCAGCAGCUCACCCAGCUGGGGAGCCUGAAGGCGCACAUGAGGGUCCACACGGGCGAGAAGCCCUUCGUCUGCGACUUCUGCGGGAAGAAGUUCACGGUGCAGGGGGACCUGAAGCGGCACACCAGGGUCCACACCGGCGAGAAGCCCUUCGGCUGCGGCGUCUGCGGCAAGAGCUUCCGGCACCAGUGCAACCUGAAGACGCACACCAGGGUUCACACGGGCGAGAAGCCGUUCGACUGCGACUUCUGCGGGAAGAGCUUCACGCAGCGGGUGAAUCUGAAGAGACACAUGCGGGUGCACACCGGGGAGAAGCCCUUCAGCUGUGGAAUUUGUCCAAAGACGUUUAACCGGAAAACGUACCUUAAAAAACACAUGAGGGUCCAUUUAUGUUAAAAACGGUUCGGUUCUCGUCUUUUAUCUUUUCCUUCCUCUGAGCUCAACGUGAACAUUUUGUGUCUCUGGUGCCGAAUAUUAGCCUCGUGAACCAGACCCGCCCACUCUUCAUCCACAUUUGGAUUUGGAUUUGGAUUUGGGCUCAGUCUGGAUAGGAGCCCAUAGAGACUUCUUGCAGGGGGUGUCGGUUACUCCUUUGACUGAC